AAGAAAGCUACACCUUUCGGAAAUUAGAAUAUCAUUUUCAAAAUUAUGCGUUGGUAAAUUCUUUUCUCUGAUCUUUUAAUUCUAUCUUCAAGCGUACGUGUCCUUUAAUCAUUUUUAAUUGCAACCUCCCUGUCGCGUCUGACGAAAUAAAUCGUCGCAGACGAAGCUUCCGCUUGAAUCGGUGAAGAGUAUCCCGCGGACGUGACGAUCGAUCGCGUUUCGUCCUCGUCUGCCGAUCGUCGAUUGGAGUAUGCAAAAAGGAGCAAUGCAGGAGCAAGGGUGGCUCGCAGAAUCCUCGAUAUACGAGUGCGGGGGUGGGAACGGGGUAUGGACCCCUUUGGUGAGGUCGAACCAGGGUUGCUGAGCAUGCGCCGACGUUCCGUUCCUCUCAGAUACUAUGAGCGGUGGUGUCUACGGCGGAGACGAGGUUGGUGCUAUAAUUUUCGACGUUGGACACCAGAGCCUACGCGUUGGUUAUGGCGGUGAGGACACGCCGAAGGCUGAAAUACCGACCAACCUUGGAGUAUGGGAGGACACCAUUGAAACGCCGGACGGCAAUCAGACCGUCAAGAAGCACUACAACAUCGAUGUCACGGCCAUUCAAGUACGAAAGAAGGCAGAUAUGGAGAUAGUUAGCUUGAUGAAAGACGGCAUGAUCGACGACUGGGACAUGUUCGAGCGUCUAACCGAGUAUACCUACAAGCAACGUCUUCACGCUCUUCCGGAACACCACCCGAUCCUGAUGACCGAAUGUCCAUGGAACACCAGGUUGAAACGGGAGAAGCUGUUGGAACUGAUGUUCGAGAAAUUCAGCGUUCCGGCCAUGUACAUCUGCAAGAACGCUGUUUUAGCCGCGUACGCGAACGGCAGAUCGACGGCUAUGGUUGUCGACAGCGGUGCAACUCACACGAGCGCAGUUCCGGUGCACGACGGUUAUGUGAUCACUCAAGGAAUCGUGAAAAGUCCUUUGGGCGGUGACUUCAUCACGAUGCAAUGCAGGCAAUUCUUCGAGGAGAAGGAAAUCGAACUAUCGCCCGCCUGUUUGGUCGCCAGCAAAGAUGUGGUUCGUGAGAGAGACCCCCCACGAUGGACGAGAAGACCAGGUCCUCAGCCAACGUCCUCCUGGUUAAGCUACAUGGUUCGCGAGCUCUUGCAAGACUUUCAAAUGAACUGUCUCCAAGUAUCCGAUAGCCCGUACGACGAAGACGUUGCCAAUACCUUGCCAAUGAAACACUACGAGUUUCCGACCGGAUACAACGACGAUUUCGGUUCGGUGAGACUGAUGAUUCCCGAAGCCCUGUUCGACCCAAGCAACGUGAAGGGUGUAGGCGCCAGCAUCCUCGGCGUUGGCCCACUGGUCACGACCAGCGUCGGCAUGUGCGACAUAGAUAUCAGACCCAGCCUGUACGGGAGCGUGGUUGUCACCGGUGGCAAUUCUUGUCUGCAGGGCUUCAGUGAAAGACUGAAUCGAGAUUUAGCGAGCAAAACACCUCCGAGUAUGAGACUGAAAAUAAUCAGCGCGAACAGUCCGAGCGAGCGUCGUUACGGCGCCUGGAUCGGUGGAUCGAUCCUCAGCUCCCUUGGAUCCUUCCAACAAAUGUGGUUGUCCCGACAGGAGUACGAGGAAUCGGGCAAACUGAUCCUAGAACGAUGCGCGUGAUCGCGUGCAAACCAACAAUCAAAAGUUAUUCUUUCUAAUUGUUUUUUACAGAACGUCCAACGUGUGUAUGUGCCAUUUAUAGGAUGAUAGGGGACGUUGAUUUUUAACGUUAGGGCUUAGAACGAUAUUUAACCCUUCUUCGGAUUAUGGAUAAAAUUAUUUUGAAAUGUAUGGAGCCUUUGGAAUAUUGUAAAACAAAUUAACAAAUUACUUGAACUGAAUAAAGGCCUAAACAGUCUAUGAAAUUGAACUUGAAAAUCCAAAGAAGGGUUACAAUCGUACGAUAGCUAGUACGAGACAAUACGAGCGACUGAUAUCAAAAGAUCUUGUGGUACGUUUAGGUUUAGACGGAAUUGAUUCGAUCAAUUCAAUUACCUAGUAUUAUUCUGAAAGUAUACUCGUGGAAGAUGCUUGUGUCGGCACGAAGUGAUAAUUAAAAACGUUUGAAUGCGAAACGAAGAAUCGAUGAGGUGCACUUUUGAAAAGAGAAACACAGUUCCUAGCUACUCGAAUUACGCUUCCACUUGUAGUUUGCCGACCUUCAUUCGAGUAUCAGGUAAAAGAAUGCAAGAGAACAGCAAGAAAUUUGAAAAAGUAUUUUGCGUUUAUUUCUAACGUAGUCACAACAAAUGUUACAAUUUAUCCAAACAAUGAAUCGAUCCUGCUUGUGUUUCACGCUUACUUUACAUUCGUUGCGUUUGAAAAGAUAAAGAAAGAACAAAGAGGAAACUAAAAUACAAUAGAACAUAAUUGAGAAAAACGGCGAAUCGCAACUAUACAAUUCGUUUUUUGAACGCGUCACGAGCAGUUACAAUUCCACAACGACAAAUAUAUAUUAUGGCUUAACAAACAAUAUUUAUAUAUAUAUAAUAAUAUUACAAUCAAUGUAGGAAACAGUAUUAUCGAUAUAUCACAUAUACAAUAUGUAUUUAGGAAAAGUCGAAUUAUUUUGUUAGAAAAAAGAAAAAGAAAGUGAAAGAAAGAAAGAUUGGACCUUUACUUAGAAUGUGUCGGACCGUUCGAAUAACGCACGAUCGUCAAAAUUCUUGAUCCUACAUUUUCAGCGAUUUGAUUACUUGCAAUUAAUACUUUUUUGCGUGUUCGAACAAUUUUCUGGCGAGGAAUGUUUGACAUUUCGCUUGCUGAGUUAUUCGUCUUCUGUCCUUUCUUCGUACAAAGGAACUGUACUCGAAGAAAAAAGAAAAUAACUCGAUGAAAAUCAUUGGCACGAGUUGCUUAUCGGUGCAUUUAUACGAAAUCUUGUGACCGGCUAAGAAUGCGUGUGUGUAAAUCUGAGUCGCGUGUGGGCAAACGUGUGUCGUAAAUCGAACUUGUUCGUCGAAUACACCUAAAAUGCUAACUAAAAAAAAAAAAA